AUGACGCAGGACCCUGGGCACAUGCGGGGGACCAGGGGUGGGAAACCCUGUUACACACGUAGGAUCCAGGAAACAAAACCAGAAUCUGCCACAGGAAACGAAAGUAGGAGCCGCCAGGGCGUCGCCGCACGGGCCGCGCAGAGGCCGCUGAGGCCCCUCUCCCGCCGACUUCAGUGGAGUUUGUGCAACCGCGGUGCCCGAAAGGGGACAGCCACGCCAGGCGUCGGGCUCCCGGACCGCAUCCAGCCGAGGACUGCGCGGGAGCAGCGGCAGCCGCAGAAAGAUCUGCUAUUGGUUCAUCAGAAUGUUGAACUUUUAGAAGUCCUAUUUGAUUUUGAUAGCAACAACAAAUAUGAAAUUAAGAACAGCCUUGGGCAGAGGAUUUUCUUUGCAGCAGAAGAUACUGAUUGCUGUACCCGAAAUUGCCGUACCCGAAAUUGCUGUGGGCCAUCUAGGCCUUUUACCAUGAGGAUUGUUGAUAAUACAGGCCGAGAAGUCGUGACUCUGGAGCGACCGCUGAGAUGUAGCAGCUGCUGUUGCCCCUGCUGCCUUCAGGAGAUAGAAAUCCAAACUCCUCCUGGUGUACUAGUAGGUUAUGUUACUCAGAUCUGGCAUCCAUGUCUGCCAAAGUUUAUGAUUCAAAAGGGGAAGAGAGAGGAUGUACUA